CACCCCAGAGAGGAAGUGUCGCUUUUCAGCCUGCUGGGCUCGGAAGGAAGCGUGGGCCCUCCCCGUCUCAAGGAAACCCAGCACCGCGGGCGGCUAGCUGGCUGUACAGCCUCCUUGCCUUCCCCCAAACUUUGGGGGGUACGGCAGGGGUCUUGUCCCGAACUUGCCACGAGAAGCCCAUCCUGCUCGAGAGCCUUUCCUUCCGUAAGCUGUGGAGCUCGUUCGCUCUACACGCGAACAUUCCGCGUGGCGCUCCCUGCGCUCCCAUUGGCCAGAAUCUCACUGGGAGGCGGGGCUCCUCGGGCAACCGCUCCGCCCUACCGAGACCGCUCGCGGUGGGGCUUCAACUCCUCCCCUGUGUCCGCCACAGAUGCCGUGAACCGCCGCCGCCACCACCGCCAUGGCGGAGGAUUGGGCCCCGCAGCUGGUGGACUACUUCGUGGUGGCCGGCUUGGCGGACACGUCCAAGCCUCUGGAGGAUGAGAGCCAGGCCUCCCCGCGCCCGGCCCGGCCCGGCGAGCCCAUCGUGGACCUGGCCGUCAUCGUCCGCUCCCAGAACGAGGACGUCCCCCACGGUUACACCUGUAUCGACCGCACCACGACGGGACAUCCAGUGGAGCUGAACGCCGGGCUGCUCAACAACCCCCAGAUGUUCAUCUGCUACCGGCGAGGACGAGACAAGCCGCCCAUUGUCGAACUAGGGGUGCACUACGAAGGCAAGGACCGCCCAAAGCCGGGUUACAAGAUCCUGGACACAACCCCGUACAGCCACUCGGCGAACCUGGCCUCCGGCGUACCCGGGCACCAGCGGACCUUCCUGGCGUACCGACGGGCCAGCGAGGGCCAGGCUCAAAGCACGCUGGGCAUCACCGACAUUUGCCUGAUCAUGCCGAGCAAAGGGGAGAGCACGCCGCACACCUUCUGCCGGGUGGACCGGAACCUCAACGCCGGAAUGUGGGGUCCGGCUCUCUAUAUCUGCUACAAGAUGGCGCUGGCGAAAGGGAACACGCUGGUGUACGAAGCAGGUCUCCUCAGCCGUUACCCGGAGGAAGACAACGAGGCUUUCCCGUUGCCUGAAUCUGUCCCCGUUUUCUGCCUGCCCAUGGGGGCCACCAUCGAGAGCUGGCCGGCCGACACGAAGUACCAGCUUCCCGUUUUCUCCACCUUUGUGUUGACCGGCGCUUCAGGCGACAAGGUGUAUGGGGCCGCCAUCCAGUUUUAUGAGUCCUACCCCCGGGAACGCCUCUCGGAACGCCAGUGUAUGAAGCUGGGCCUCUUCACCGUCGUCGACCGCCGACCCAUCACCAGCAAGACGGUCCAGACACGGAAGAGCAUCUGCGUCUUGUCGCACUGGCCCUUUUUUGACGUCUUCCGCAAGUUCCUGACCUUCCUUUACCGCUACAGCGUCUCGGGGCCUCACGUGUUGCCCAUUGAAGUACACGUCUCUCACUUCAUGCACAAUGUCCCCUUCCCGUCUCCGCAGCGGCCUCGGAUCCUGGUGCAGAUGUCUUCCUACGAUAACUUACUCCUGUACCAGCCUGUUUCGUCUCCUUUGCCACUAAGUGGCGCCAGCUUCCUCACCCUGCUGCAGACCCUGGGUCCCGAAAACGUUCUCGCCCUCCUCGUGGCCGUGCUGACCGAACAGAAGUUGCUCAUCCACUCCUUACGGCAGGACGUCUUGACCAGCGUGGGCGAAGCCUUAGUUUCUAUGAUUUUCCCGCUGCGCUGGCAGUGUCCAUAUAUUCCCCUCUGUCCGCUCACCCUGGCCGACGUGCUGUGCGCCCCCGUGCCCUUCAUCGUGGGCAUCCACUCCAGCUACUUUGACCUCCAUGAUCCGCCUCAUGACGUCAUCUGCGUCGACCUGGACACCAACACCAUUUUCCAGUGCGAGGAACGGAAGCUGCUGUCGACGCGCGCCCUGCCCCGGAAACCCUGCAAGGUCCUGCUGGCGUCUCUGCACUCCCUGUAUCAGCAGCUGGACGAGAUGUACAACCGUCCCGUCGAGGAAGCCACUCUGGAGUUUCUCCUGACGGAUUAUGACCUCAUCUACGGGCGGCGAAAGCAGCUGGAGCUGGAGAUCCAGGGAGCCUUCCUGCGCUUCAUGGCCUGCCUCUUGAAAGGCUACCGCGGCUACCUCUUGCCCAUCACCCAGGCGCCCUCCGAGAAGACCCACGACUCCAGCAGCCUCUUCUACCUGCAAGGCUUUCUAAAGUCCCGGGACCGAGCGUACCACAAAUUCUACGGGCAGCUGCUGCGCACGCAGCUCUUCACCCAGUUCAUCGAGGAAUGCUCCUUCGUCAGCGACCGCCAUACCUUCCUGGAGUUCUUCGACUCUUGCGUUGAGAAGGUCCAGGUAGACUUAGAAAAGCCGGAAGAAUUGGCCUUAAUUGAACUGGAUGACACGCACGGCAGUGAACACACUGUUUUUAUCAUGCCCCCCGAGGAGCCAACUGGACCCAAUGGCACAGAGUUGCCCCCACGUUACCAGUAUGACAGCUUUCCGGAACUCCAGCCCAAACUUUUCGAGCGCCCUCAGGACCAGCUCAUGCCCUCCCUGUGCCAGCCCCGGAGCAGCGCGCCCAGCAGCCCCGCCCCGCGCCGGACCAAACAGGUACAGGGGUGGCGAUCCACAGAGGAGAUGAAGGUAGCCCAACGGGUGGCGCAAAAGUAUUCAUCGGUCCCGGACAUGUGGGCGAAGUGUUUGUUAGGGCACUGCUACGGCCUGUGGUUCAUCACGCUCCCGACCUACGUGCGGGCGGCACCAUCUAAGGUGCGGGCGCUGCAGACGGCGUACGAGGUGCUCAAGCAAAUGGAGACCAAGAAGGUGGUGCUGCCAGACGAGGUUUGCUACCGAAUCCUGAUGCAGCUGUGCGGGCAGUAUGGGGAGCCAAUCCUCUCGGUGCGGGUGUUGCUUGAAAUGAAGCGGGCCGGAAUCGUCCCCAAUACCAUCACCUACGGCUACUAUAACAAGGCCAUUCUGGAGUGCAAGUGGCCGUCCACAACCCAGGGAGGCCGUCUUCGCUGGGCUAAGCUACGCAACGUUGUGUUGGGGGCUGCCCAAUUCCGUCAACCAUUGCGCCAACGCCAGCGUGAGGCAGAAUUGCAGAGUAUCAGCACCCGGUCAGAGGGCAGAGGGAGCGAGACCGCAAGCGCCCGCUCCCGAUCGGGUCUCCACCGCCAGACCACAUGGUCCGGAGGAAGCUUGAGUGAGAGUCUUCCCACCACAUCUCUGGUGAAGAGCGGCAGCCUCAGUUUCCCUCAGCGGGAGACAGAAACCGGAGCAUCCUAUGGGACAAAGGCCUUUGGGGGGCCCAAUCCUGGAAGCAGUGACACGCUCCCCACUCUGCCCCCCUGGCUACGAGGUGUCCGGGAAGGACCCGGGAGCUCCGAGGACGGGAGUCUUUCUGACGUCAGUAAUGUUUUGACGGAUGAGAGCGACAGGCUGACCCUGAGCAGUGUGGACACCCAGCCUAACAUAGCGCAGGUGGAGGGGGCCAGCCCAGGACUGGGGCAGGCCCCGGAAAACCGGGGUGUGGGGGGCACCCCACGCAGGAGCCUGACCGCCAAGCUUCAGCAGCUACUUUCGCCCAUCAAGCGGCCUUCACUGAGACAUGGCGGCAGCGGUGGGACCACCACCGCUGCUGUGGAGCACGCACGGAGCAGCUCGGAGCAGCGUGAACUUCGGCGCAGCCCGCUGGAGACCCACUUGCUCCUUCCUCGGGAGCGCCCAGGGUCCACCGCCUCCGAAAGCUCUGUGUCCUUGGCCAGUGAGUGCGACCUCUCCGACACUUCUGUGUGCAGCUUCAGCCUCCGCAAAUCCAGUGACCGGCUGUCAGAGCCUCCAGCCGUUGAGGCGCUGCUUUCCAGCUGCUCCCGGUGCCAGGCCUGUGACUCGCUGGUCUACGAUGAAGAGGUGAUGGCGGGCUGGAGCUCCGACGACUCAAACCUCAACACGACGUGCCCGUUCUGCACGCGCUCUUUUGUGCCGUUCCUCAACAUUGAGAUCCAAGAUUUCCAGACUGUUGCUCCCAGUGUCGUUGAUGGUUCUGAUACUAGUUCGGUUUCUUCCGAGUGGCCGCGAGAUAGCGAGGCACCAGUCCCAGGUGGGCAGGGCCCAGUGCUGAGUGACCGCUACCACUGCUUGUCCCUGGACGAAGCCGAACCAGAACCUGGGCAGGAAUCAAGACCAGGGUCCCUAUGCAACGGCUUCACCGAAUCACCGGUCCCUCGGGCAUCUGCCCCACACAUUGAGCAACUGGCAUUUGCUUACCUGAGCCCAUUGGUCCUGCGGAAGGAACUGGAAACGCUGCUGGAGAAUGAAGGAGGGGAGUUCCUCUCUCAACCAGAACUGGUAGACAACCACCCUAUCAUCUACUGGAACCUAGUAUGGUAUUUCCAGCGUCUGGGUCUCCCCAGCAGCCUCCCCCAGCUGCUCCUGGCUUCCAAGCAUGUCCAGGGACCACCCCAGCGCACAACCCAGGAAGCCCCUCAGGUGAGCGUCCGUCUGCUGUGGGAUGUGUUGAUGCCUGACCCGGAGAGUUUUCCUCCGCUCUACGUACUCUGGAGGUUCCACAGUAACAUCCCAACCCGCCUCCAGUCCUGGCGCCGACACAACCACCCUUUCUCGCUGUCCUUCCUGGAGGCCGUGCUGAGUUCCGUCGGGGUCGGUGAGGUUCACAAGGCCAUUGCUCUCUUUUUAGACACAGUAACGGGGCAGCCCAAUCCCAUACACCUACAAAGGAGCAUCUACCGGGAAAUCCUCUUUCUUAAGCUGGCGGCGUUGGGAAGAGACCACGUGGACAUUGCCGACUUUGACAAGAAAUACAAGUCGGCCUUUUCGAAGCUGGCCAACAGCCUGGGGAAGGAGUCUCUGAAGCAGUGGCGAGCUCAGCCUCUCUCUUCAAAAGCCAUCGACUGCCGCAAAAGCUUUGGGGCCAACCUGGAAUGCUAGCCCAGACCAUCGGCGGUCCUCCCUCCUUCCUCUCCCCAAUGACCUCCCUUGCCCCCUUGGAAAUUCCCACCACAUAGGAAUGAUCACAGAUCCAACUGGAGCUUAAUACCAAAACAGAACCGGUAGCCAAGGCAGGCUGGUACCCGGUGGGCAUUAGCUAACGCCCGGUUGGCAGGAGCGCCUGAGCGAUGCCUAAGGAGCGGGGAACGAUAGGAUGAGAAAGUCCGGGUCAUCAGGAACACCUCCGCAGGCCUGGAGAGGUUUUCUGGUCUGGCUUUCUCUGAUUGUUCCCCUACCACCAAAAAUUUAAAAAAAAAAAGGGAAGGGGGCUGCAAGCGGACGGCUGCCGUAGGAGAAAAGGGUGGAUUUUGGGGACCGGGGGGGGGAGCAGGGUUUGGGAUGUGUGGCUGAUGGCUGCUCCUUCCAGGCCCGGCUGGGCACUUUGCAGGUGCACGCAACACCCUUUGCAACCCCCCCCUCGACUCCUGUCUCCCCCAGCGUUGCCGCCACCCACCCUGCCUUGUUCCGGCCACCUUAACGGUUUGUCUGUUUUUUUCUCGUGCGCGGUGUUCCUUCCGGAAGGUGCUGGUGUGGUCAUCCGUCCGUCCGUCCGUCCGUUGCGAGGCCUCCGCUGUGCCUGUCUGUCCCCUUCUUCGUCCCUGUUCCUCACCCCCAAAUAAUCCCAAAUUUGUGGGGGGGGUGUUAAUUGGGAAGCCCUCCAAUCCCUCGCCCUCAUCAUCACAUCCAUCUAGGUUGGUUUACCUCUUCUUCUUUUUUCAGUAACCAGCAUUUUUUUAAAAAAAAAAAUGAAGACAGCUAUUUUAUAAUUUAUUUAUUGUCAAACAUUUUUUUUUACAUCCGCCCCGUUCUUUUCCACCCCGAUUUCGGCUUCACUAUUUCUGCUUUAACUGUAAGGAAGAUGGUCGAGAGGAGGGGACGAGAGAUGGAAACAGCCUUGGCUUGGUCUCUUCCUUUCCCGUUCUCGCACCGUAAGAAGGGCAGCUCCCAAACCUGUUCUAAAAGCCAUCUCUCUUCUUUUUUUUUUUAAUUUACCUGGUCCAUAAUGAGGCUAAAAACUGAGAAGGGAAAUUGAGAGACACACAAACUGAUACACACAAACAACACAUCCCUUCAGUGGCAACUGCCUGGUGUUCUUUGCCAGCAUUUGGGAAGGUGAACCAUGGAGAGGGACUACAAGUCCCAGAAGCCCCUGCCUACCAUGCUGGGGAUGCUGGGCAUUGUAGUUCCCUCCGAGGUCACUUUCUCAAGCUCUGUUCUCUGCUUCCAAUAUCUAUAAAUACAUACACACACACACACUUCCAUACCACUUCCUCUCCUCAG